GACGAACACGUCACCUUAGCAUCGAAUGCGCAGACAAUGAAUAUGGAGGUAGAGAAGAAGAGGAAAGCAGAGGAAACAAACCCCCUCUCUCCAUUCUAUCUCUAAACACAACAGUAGAAGAGAGAGCAAUAAAUAUAAAUAUAAAUAAAUAAAAAUUAAGUCAAUUAGGUGGGAAAAACCCUAAUCCUUCAAUCCAUUUCUCAAAUAAAAGUCAUCUGAUACACAAUUUUUCAGAUAUAAGGCCGAUUGGAUCAGAAGAAAGAAAAUUUUUUAUUUUUUUAUUUUGAUUAGGUUGUUGAAUUUGGGGAUUGUGAAAUUAGGGUUAGAUCGAUCUGUGCUGCAUGAUCAGGAAACGGUGGUUGCAAGACGAAAUUAGGGUAGAGGAUAGAUAGGAGAGAGAGAAGAGAAGAAGAAGAAAAGAGGAGAAAAUAGAAACUAUGUCUGCCAUAGUGUGCGGGAAGAGAUCUUUUUUUGAAGAAUUGACAGUGACCAGCCCUCCCGUUAACAAAAGAAUCCGUUGUUCAUCUUCCUCUCCUGUUCGUUUCUCUCCUCCAAGGUCUACCAACGCUGUUUCUGUUUCUUCCCCUGCCUCUUAUCAAUCUUCUUCGCUUUUGAUAGAGAAACUCAUCGCUCUUUUCCCUGACAUGGACAAGCAGAUUAUUGAGAGAGCGCUUCAAGAAUGUGGUGAUGAUCUGGAUUCAGCUAUCAGAAGUUUGAAUGAGCUUCGACUGGCAUGUGCUGAUAACAACUUGGGCUCCAAUCUAGUUAAAUCUGAUGUACUCCUUGAGGGUAAUGUUCAACAAGAAGGCAUAGUGACAACUAAUACAGAAGCUCCAGAAACUGAUAAUCCAUCAUCUACAACACAGCUUCGAAUGGAUGGUGCAGAGUGGGUAGAGCUAUUUGUUAGGGAAAUGAUGAGUGCUUCCAACGUAGAUGAUGCCAGAGCUCGUGCUUCAAGAGUGUUGGAAGUUCUAGAGAAGUCCAUCUCUGCACGUGCUGGAGCAGAGGCAGCCAAAAGCUUUCAACAGGAAAAUAUGAUGUUGAAGGAACAAGUGCAAGCAUUUAUUCAGGAAAAUGCAAUUCUCAAGCGAGCUGUAUCUAUUCAGCACGAGCGUCAGAAAGAGUAUGAAGAUAGAGGCCAGGAGUUGCAGCAUCUGAAACAAUUGGUGGCUCAGUACCAGGACCAGUUGAGAGCCUUGGAGGUGAACAACUAUGCAUUGACAAUGCACCUGAAGCAGGCUCAGCAAAGCAGCUCAAUCCCAGGCCGUUUCCAUCCGGACAUUUUUUAGUAAAAUAAAAAUUCGUGUGAAAACAGGAUCGACUCUAGCUUCGCUUUCUAUACCUGAAAAGAUUUCAUCCCAUAAAAAGAUGUUGCUUCGUUUUAUGAUUCAUGUGUAGACGAUUGAAUUAUUUCUUCAUUUUACUUUUAGUUGUGUUGCAUUGCGUGUAUUGUACUAUUUACUACUUUUAAUAGCUUGAAAAUUUUACAAUAGCCGAAUUUUCCUUUCUA